AUUAGAAUAUAAAGAGGUCAGUCCAUUUGAUAAAUAUAUUAUACUAAUAACAAGAAAUCAUGGGGAAGGGGAACAUAAUGAUAAUGAUGGUGAUGAUGGUGAUGAUGAUCAUAUCAUCCAAUGAGAUUGGGCACGUGAGAGGAAUGACGCGUGCAGAAUGCGAAGACGACUGCGAAGCCAAUGAUUGUUGGAAAGGCGCGUUUUCUCCUCCUGACACUCAGUGCAUGUUGGAUUGCAUCGCCAAAAAAUGCCCCGGCCUUCCCCCCACCGUUAAAGGUCGGGCGAAGAUCAACAGCAUGGGGUAGAUGCAUGUCGCAUGCCCGAUGACGGAAAAUGAAUAUUUAAAAUUACAAAAUUCGGUUUUUUUCUCUUUUCUUCUUCAGUUUCGUCAU